UUCAUCCUCUUCCUCCUCUCGUCAUCCCCCAGUUUCUGCUCUCGACUUUCAAAGACAUAGACGAACCCAAUAUUUGGAACGCCCCCCUCCAUGACGAUUUGAGAUGGGCACUGUGCCUUCCUCUUUUAAAUCUCUAAAGCCAGGCCUUCAGAAUAUAAUCAUUCUUCGUCGUAAUGAAAAUAUAUGCUUCACGGAGCGUCGUAAAUCUCAGAUAUUUCUUCCUCCCUCAAAAAGCAGAUAUUUCUUCCUCCCUUUCUCUACAUUCAUCUCCAGUAUCGACUGUACAAUCUCUGACGAGGUCCAAGCCAUCCUGGCCAACCCCAGUGCCAUCGAAGACCCGCUCGAGAGCCUGGUCCCUUUGCUUUCACGGAGAGUCGUGACUUCGGUUCUUCAACAGCAGCAAAAUGCCCAGUUGGGAUUUCGAUUCUUCAUUUGGGCCAUGAAAAGGAAGCGUUUUCGCAGUUGGGUAUCCCACAAUUUUAUGAUUGAUAUGCUCUGUGGGGCUAACGGUUUUGAGCUUGCUUGGAAAUCGCUUAAUGAGCUUAGAAGUUUUAGAAUCCCUAUUAUUUCCCAGGCUUUCUCGGUUUUGAUUGCUGCUUAUGCAAAGGCGGGCAUGACCGAGAAGGCCGUUGAGUCGUUCGGGAGGAUGAAGGAAUUUGAUUGCAGGCCAAAUACCUUCACUUACAAUACGAUCUUACGUCUUCUGGUCGAGAGAGAGGUAUUUGUGUUAGCGUUGGCAGUUUAUAAUCAGAUGUUGAAAUCUGAUUGCCGUCCAAAUCAAUCUACUUUUGCCAUUCUCGUUAAUGGGUUCUGCAAAGCAGGGAAGACCAUGGACGCACUUCAAAUGUUCGAUGAAAUGACAAAAAGAGGUAUUCCUCCCAACACAAUGAUCUAUACUAUAAUUCUUUCCGGUCUCUGCCAAGCAAAGAGAAUUGAUGAUGCACAAAGACUCUUGGAGACCAUGAAGGCGAAUGGUUGCAGUCCUGAUACGAUUACUUACAAUGUUGUGCUUAACGGGUUAUCUAAAUUGGGUAAAAUAGAAGAAGCUCUCGAGAUGCUGGGGUCAUUCAGUAAGGACGGUUUUGUUCUGGGGUUAAAUGGGUAUAGUUGUUUGAUUGAUGGAUUGUUUAGAGCUGGGAGAUUUGAUGAGGCACAUGAAUGGUGGAGGAGAAUGUCAGAACAGAACAUUUUUCCAGACAUUAUAUUGUAUACUAUCAUGAUGAAGGGGUACUCAGAAGUAGGUAAGGUUGAGGAUGCAAUGAGAUUAUUGUCCAAGAUGACGGAGAGAGGUAUUGUCCCUGAUACCUUCUGUUAUAAUACUUUAAUCAAGGGUUUUUGUGAUGUGGGUCUUUUGGACAAGGCUAAAUCUCUCCAACUUGAGAUUUCUAAGCAUAAUAGCUUCCCUGACUCUUCUACUUAUACCAUUCUCAUUUGUGGUCUGUGUAAAGAAGGGCUGAUUGGUGAGGCACAACAGAUCUUCAAUGAGAUGGAGAAGCUUGGAUGCUUUCCCACUGUUAUGACCUUCAAUGCUCUUAUCAAUGGUCUCUGUAAGGCCGGGGAGCUUGAAGAAGCUCAUCUUCUGUUCUACAAGAUGGAGAUUGGGAGAAACCCUUCCUUGUUCCUUCGGCUUUCUCAAGGUGCUGAGCGGGUGCUUGAUAGUGCAAGCCUCCAGACACUAGUGGAGCGACUAUGUGAGUCAGGAUUGAUACUAAAGGCUUACAAGCUCCUCAUGCAGCUUGCUGAUAGUGGGGUUGUACCAAACAUAAUCACUUACAAUAUUCUAAUCAAUGGCUUUUGCAAGGCACGGAAUAUCAAUGGAGCCUUCAAGCUCUUCAAGGAACUACAACUCAAGGGGCUCUCCCCUGAUGCCAUUACAUAUGGGUGCCUCAUAGAUGGACUUCAGAGGGUUAACAGAGAGGAGGAUGCCCUUGGGAUCUUUGAUCAAAUGCUGAAGAAUGGGUGUCCUCCCACUUUGGAUGUUUACAAGACGCUUAUGACAUCCCUGUGCCGGAAAGGGAAGGUAUCACUAGCUUUCAGUCUUUGGUUGAGGUAUUUGAGGAGCCUUCCUGAUCGAAGAGAAGUGGAAAUUCAAGUGGUGGAGGAGCUUCUUGAACAGGGAAGAGUGGAAGAAGUAGUUUGUGGUUUAUUGAAACUUGAUCUUAAGUACAUGGUUAACGAUCCAUCACCAUAUACCAUAUGGCUUAUUGGGUUGUGUCGGGCAGGGAGAUUAGGUGAAGCUUUAAAAAUCUUUUCUCUCCUUGAUGAACACAAGAUCAUUGUCACUCCCCCAAGUUGUGUGAUGUUAAUUAAUGGCCUCUGCCAAGAAGGGAAUCUAGACCUGGCCGUAGAUAUCUUUGUUUACACAUUAGAGAAAGGCUUCAUAUUGAUGCCUCCAGUGUGCAACCGGAUGAUUAGGUCUCUCUGUUCUCAAGAUAAAAAGAACCAUGUCAUUAACCUUCUAAGCAGAAUGAAGUCUGUUGGUUAUGAUUUGGAUGUUUAUCUUAACCAAACAACAAAGGCUCUUUUAUAUGGUAUGAAACCAAGGUACAAGAUGGAACCAAGGUACAAGAUGGAAGCAGAGCCUUAGUAAGUUAUUGUCAUGGCAACAAUCUGUUGUGAAAAAGCAAUUAUGGGUUACAUGUCAAAACUAUUAGUUAAGAGGUGAUUUGCAGAGAAACAUGACAAAAUUGUCUUAGAGGCCUAAGACAUCAUGAGAAAUUUCUUCAAUGAAAAUUUCCAAGUUUGCUGUUUGCUAGAGACCUAAGUUCAUUGAAGAUCUUCAAGCGGCAAACCAAAUCCACGAAAGACAUUCCAUAGUUGCUAAAGAUCUAAGUCUCAAGCAACAAUUCAAGUUUCUUUUUGCUCUUCCAACUUCCUUUUUUUCUCACAUACAUUUCUGUCAAGAGUAAGAAAGAAGGAAAGGUUCUUACAUCAACUUCUUUUGCUCACAUUGAGUUCUGGCUAGGGGAAGACAAAAGAAGAAAAAGAUCCCCACACCGAACAAUUUGUCUUAAAAAGAAGAGGAAGAAGAAAAAUAAUACAUUCUGUUCAAAUUCAGCCUGAAUCUGGAAUUCCAAUCACUAGGAAAGAUGCUGUUAUUUGCAUGUAUCCAUCUGACCCAACUGUUGUUUUGGGGAGUUUGUCUGUUGUAGCUCUGUUUCUAUCCACCUGUUUUGGAUUAGCCUCUAUAUUCUACCCAUACAAUGGGGAAUCUGUUCCACAAGCGGCUCUCUUCCAAAGCAUUACAUUUGUUGUUUUCUUGGCAAUUGCUGUGUAAGUAACCUCUUCUUUGUUACCCAUACUAAAUCUUUGUGGAUAUCUACUUACGACCACUAAGACUUGAACAAUAUUCUUCUCGUUUUGUCAACCUGUUGUUAUUUUCAUUUUGUCAUUCUUUUGUAGAAAAUUUGAACGAACAAUCGUUUUCCUGUAAAACUAUUGACAGAUAAAUGUCAAAAUGUCUAACUAAUGGUUUCUUCUUAACACUUUAGCUGAUAAGGAUGACUCCAUCAUGGAACUUACAAGAAUUUGUUUUAGACCAACUUUCCAAGUGGCAACUCUUGAAGUAUUUAAGUUAAACUUUUUUAUUUAAUUUAGGACACUAAGUUUGAUUAGUUUUGUAUUUUUUUUUGAAAAAGGUAAAGUAAUAUAUAUUAAACUGCAAAAAAUAUGAAGGAUAUAUAAUCAGCCCAAUUCCCUGUACAAUGAGAAACUGUACUAAAGGAAAAACAACCCCUAGACCUAAACAAAAAUGAGCCCAACAGGCAAAUACAAACAAAGAAACUAUCCAAAAAGGAGCUCUUUGUCAAAAAAAAAAAAA